AUGCAGUACGUCGGAGCCCGAGCUUACAUACUGCAACAACGAAUGGAGUGUCGUGGUGGGAAGGUGUACGACAUUGAUAAUGUGCGGGACAUCGCCCAAUGCAAGGAGGCAUGCCGCCAGUUCGAUUGUGCAGCAGUGAAUUUGUUCCAAUUGGGCGAAUUUGCUUUUAAGUGCGAAAUUCUUGGCACCCUAUAUGGAAUGGUUCCAGCCACUGGAUCAGCAUGCUACUAUGCUUCAGACCUGAUGGGAGGCUUGGGAGGUCUGGGAGGCGUAGGAGGCAUGGGAGACUUGCCAGUGAUGCAGUACGUCGAACCCGGAACUUACCUAGUGCAACGUAAUGCCUCAUGUCGUGGUGGGAAGGUGUACGAGAUCGACAAUGUUCAGGACAUCGACCAAUGCACGGAAGCGUGCCUUAAAUUCAAUUGUGCUGCAGUGAACUUGCUUCAACUAGGCGAAUCCAUGUACAAAUGCGAAAUUCUUGACAUCCUGAAUAGGAUGGUUGAAACCACUGGAUCAGCGUGCUUCUUUGAAAAAAACGUGGUCAGAGGCAUGGGAUAUCGGGUAGGCAUGAAACUCUCACCCUACAGAGGCUUCAACAGGGCCGUCGGACACUACUGGGGCAUGAGAGGAUACAGUGGUAUCAAAGGCAUGAAAGGUUAUUUCGGUCCGCUCUGGUGA